AUGCUCUCACGUGUUGCUGCAGUGAAGGCACCCCGCACACACAACCGUCGCCGCGUGACCGGAUCCAGCGGAAGGAGGAGGGAAGGAGGAGAGAGUGAGCCGCAGAGGCCCAACAUGUCGCGGCGUGUGUUUACUUUCGCGGUGCUGCUCCUCCUCGUCGUGAUGAUUUGCUGCGCCACCUGUGUAGCUACGCCUGCAAGGGAGAAUGAUGGCAACAGUGAUUUAAGAACUGUUGAGGGGCUGCAAUGGGUCGAUUUAUUUGUGCCGAAUCAGACGCAGGUGCUGCCGAAAGGUGGAGGUACUCCAGGGAAGAAGCGGGAUUCAUUUGUUUCACCCUCUCUUGUCAGUGCUGGUGGAGUAAUUGCUGCUUUUGCCAGAGGUAAAAUAAAUCCCCAGUAUGCCGCUGAUGUUAAAUUAAUUAAGCCACUUUCUUCUGAUAUUGUGGCGGGGUACAUUGACUCUUCGUGGGAAUGGUCCACUCUUGUUGAAAAGGUGAGUGAAAGUACAUGGAAGGCACACACUGUGCUUGGUACAACUGAUGGAACGAAUCGUGUGGGCGAUGUGCUCAACCCCACAACAACAACGAAGGGUAACAAGGUGUUUCUUCUUGCGGCAGGCUUUGAAGUACUCAAUCAGAGUGAUGGGAAUUGGAAACGGGACAGACUGGAUCUGAAACUAGUUGUGGGUGAUGUCACGAAGCCUACGAGCAGCGAGCCGACUGGAAGUAUCAAAUGGGGCACACCCACAUCGUUAAGCCAGACUAAUUUAAAGACACCCAAAGCUGGAUUGAAGGAUUUUGAUUCUUCUGGUGUCUCAGGUGUUGUGAUGGAGGAUGGCACGCUUGUGUUUCCUAUGAUGGCGAAGAGUGAAGAAGAAGACGUUUACUCCAUGAUCAUUUACUCGACGGACAACGGCAGUAUCUGGGCGCUCUCUGAGGACAUGUCCCCUGCGGAAUGCCUUAACCCCCGCAUCACCGAGUGGGAGGGAUCACUUCUCAUGAUUGUUGACUGCGAGAAUGGCCAGAGGGUGUACGAGUCGCGUGACAUGGGGACGGCGUGGACGGAGGCCAUCGGGAAACUCCCAGGUGUGUGGACCAAUUCACAACCGGAAGACUCUCAGGAUGAAAGCCUGCAUGUGGAUGCCCUCAUCACCGCGACCAUUGAGGGAAGGAAGGUCAUGCUGUACAUUCAGAGAGGGUACGCCUCGGAGGAGUAUGAGGCCAAUGCUCUCUACCUUUGGGUCACGGACAACAACCGCUCGUUUUAUUUUGGACCGGUUGGCAUGGACACUUCUGUGGAGGAGGAGCUUGCCGGCGUCCUGCUGUACUCGGAUGGCAAUUUGCAUCUUUUACAACAGAGGGACAACGAUAAAGGCAGUGCCUUGUCGCUUUCCCGCCUGACGGAGGAGCUGAGUACAGUCAAGUUCUUCCUCAGUACUUGGACGCAAAAGGACAUUUUCUUCUCCAGCUUUUCUAUACCCACGGCGGGUCUGGUGGCAGUUUUGUCCGAUGCGGCCAGCGAUGACACGUGGUACGACGAGUAUCUUUGCCUGAAUGCGACGGUGAGGAAUGCAAAGAAGGUCAAAGAUGGAUUUCAAUUGACGGAGCCUAGCUCCAGGGUAUCAUGGUCCGUGAACAUUCCGGAUGAUAAUGUGCGUCAUAUAUCCUUGAGCCACGACUUCACACUUGUGGCGUCGGUGAUCAUCGAAGUGACUCCGAGUGGGAACACACCUCUACUGACUGCGACAAUGGCGGACACCAAUUCCAAUCAUACCAUGGGAGUGUCGUAUACCGCGGAUAACAAGUGGGGGAAGAUGUUUGAGGACAAGAUAACAACGGAAAGCAGGCCUUGGGAGCCGAAGAAAGAAUACCAAGUGGUACUCAUGCUGCAAGGCAACAAGGCUUCUGUGUACGUUGAUGGCAAGUUGCUGGGGGAAGAGGAGACGAUGUUAACAGGUGAGACACCACUUGGGCUUGUGCGCUUCUGCUUUGGCGCGUGCGAAAUUCACAACUUUCCUGUGACGGUGAAGAACGUCUUUCUGUACAGCCGCCCACUGAAUCCCACUGAGAUGCGUGCAAUCAAGGAAAGGAGGCAUAUCCCUCGGAUUGAGGGUGUGCGAGCCAAAGCGCCUGCUGGGAGCGGACUGCUGCCGCUGCUUCUUCUGCUGGGAUUGUGGGUGUUUGCGGCUCUGUGA